AUGCCGAAGCGCCAGAGAAAGGACGAGAGCGAGGAUGACAAGAAGGAUAUCAAGAAGUUCCGUUUGGCUUCUAUCGUCUACAACUUCUUUCACGACAAACCCGAAUCGGCAAAACAGGAGUCUCCCUCUGUUCUUGUUUGCAACGGCGAGAGAUACAAUGUGUUUCCGCAAAUCCUUGAGACCUGCUCCAGUCUCUUCUCCCAACGCUGGGAACACGUGAAGCAAGGAGAGCAAAACUUUGUCAAUCUGGACGAUCUGGAGAUUCGCGGCGUUCAAGUAUAUGCAGACUGGGCAAUGGAUCACACCGAACCUGUCCUGAUCGCAGCCAACAACAAUGACGGCGAUAUCUUUGACGACAUUAUUGUCUGCUAUCUUACGGCCCGUAGCCUUCGAGCUUACUUGCUCUGCGACCUCAUCAUCCACGAAGCCUGCGAAAUCGGAAAGGACACAGACCUAGUCGUCAGACACGACCAAAUCACCAAGGUCUACGCAGAGACAAUGAGAUCUGAUGAUUCGCUGCGCCUUCUUCUUGCUAUGCAAGUAGCCUACCAACGUCGCAACGGCCUGAUCAACCCAAUCACCGGCAGAGACCCAAAGCCUGAGAAGCAGCGUCUGAGAUUUGAGGCCUUGCCUAUGGACUUCCAGUUCGAUCUCAUGAGAGAGCUGUCGAAGAAUACUGCUGGCCAGAACCCGUGCUACAAGCCAAGACGCUUCUUCAAGGUUGUGGAUUACCACACGGAGAAGAGGGAGAGACAGAGAUUGGAGAAUGAACGCAAGCGUCUAGAGCAGCAGGGCGGCAGAGACUCUUCGCCUUUGUUCGUGGGAGAGAGGAGAAAGAUGACGUAUGAAGGCUGA